AGCACACAUUCGGUGCUGCUAUAUGAGACCCAGCUCGGACUCUCUGUCAGGAGGGAUCUCCAGGCUGCUGACAGUGACAGGUAAAUGGGGUGCACAGUAUGGGAAGAGGCUUUGGAUUGACUUUACAAUGUUCUAAGCAGCCUCACCAAUAGCAAAACAGAGCAGUCUAUAUAGUGUGUAUAAGAUACUGCUCACUGCUGUUAAACACACUAUAUAGACUGCUCUCUGCUGUUAUAGAUUAUAUAUACUGAUCUCUGCUGUUAUACAGACUACAUAGUCUGCUCUCUGCUGUUAUAGAUUAUAUAUACUGAUCUCUGCUGUUAUACACACACUAUAUAGACUGCUCUCUGCUGCUGUAUAGCUCACUAGAACAACUAUGAUUUCUAGGGAAAGAAUAAAUAUGAAACUACCCUCUACAUACACUAUAUAUAAGCAAGGAGGAUGAGUAGUCAGUAGUGAAUUAGACCAUACCCUCUACAUAUGCUAUAAAGAGAGUUUGAAGAUAGCACCAAUACAGACUACACUCAGCAAAUUACGGAGUAGCCUUUAAAUAAGUAAAAAUCAUUGAGUAUCCAAAGUUAAAAAUACAAACAGCAAGGGCAACGGGUAAAUAAGCAGACCAUUAUCUAAAAUCUCACUACAGGCUAUCUAUAUAUAUAUAUCUAGAAGGGGAAUAUUUUAGAAAAAAAAAAAAUAUAUACACACAUUUCAUUAAAUAAAUAAGUGAAUAUGGUGCUUCAAUAAUAUUGUGUAAAUAAGUGAAAAACAAAAAACUGAUAUAUUACAGUGUUUCCCCAACACACAGAAAUCAAAUAUACAUAAAUAAUAAUAAUAAUAUAUAUAUAUUAUAUAUAUCCGCUUAACAACACAAAUAUAAAACAUUAUGUGAUCAAAACUCCAUUUGCUUUUAUAUGAAUAUAUGCAUCCCCCUGGAUGUUGGUCUAAGGUAACAUCCCCAGGACGUACUUGGAAACCACAGUAAUCUGAAUGUACGUUUCUUGGUUAAAUAAUUUGUUAUUAUUAUUUCUUCAGGCUUGAAGAAGACUGCAGUCUUUCCUCCACCAUUCGGUAAUCCAGUCAGAGAAUACUGGAUUCACAAUGCAUGACCGGAUUGCUCUCUUGGCUUUUGUCACAGUGGCAGCUGUUUUGGAACAAGGUGAGUUCGUAACAAGCAAAAUGUUUGGAGAUUUUCAGUAAACAAAACCCACUAUCUAUCUCCAUAUAAUAUCUACAUAUCUCAAAACUGAAUGCACCGGUCAUGGCUGAUUAUAUAUUUCUUACCUAUGUUAAAUGUUUAUAUGUGUUGUGUAUUAAUAUUGUUUUUGUAUUUUUAAUAUUAUACUGUACCCUAUUGUAUCAAUGCAAUGUUUGUGGGACCAAGACAUACUUGAAAACAAGAGAAAUAUCAAUUUAAACAUCCUGGUUAAAUAUUUUAUAAGUAAAUAUAGUGUGACUAGCUGGUGAAGUGUGGUUUGUUGGUUGACUAAGUAAGUAUAAAAAGUUAAAGGGUUACACUGACCUUUGUAAAUAAUGCCAUUACGUUUACAAGACCCUAUUUGGCAUUAUUAACUCGCCCUCUCCCCCUUAUAGUGUUGCAAAGGAAGAGCAAACUUACUCUCUGUGCUGGUUUCCACACCUCUGUCGAUGCACUGGCAGAUAUGGGGGGGGGGGGAACGGGGCAUUUGCACCCCCAAGACUCUCCCCUGCCGGCCAAUGCAGGGCUACCGCUAUCACAGUGCCAGCCCUGCAAUGUGCCUUCACAAACCGAAGAAGAGAUCAGAGAUCUCCCUCCCCGGUCUGCAGGCACCGUGUUGGCAGCCGGCAGGGGAGGGAGGGAGGGAGAGAGGACUCUGGAGCUCAUCCUGCAGCUUCUCCGGGUCCUACUCUCGCGAGCAUGGAAGGUUGCAGUGGUUAUCAAGGCAACUCUCUGGAUGUCACGAGAGGGACCUCUAGUCCUGGAGCUGUGGGCUAGAGUUCACGCUCACCACUGGGACCACCAGGGAUUCCCCACCGGACCACCAGGGACUGAGAAAUGCCCUCCUCCUCCCUCAGCAAAGGUAAGAAGGGAGGGGAGACAUAAAUUUAUUUAUUUUUAUUAAAAAUAUUUUUUUUUAAUAAAAAAGCCACCCUUCCCUCCUCACCACACAUUCACACACUGCCUCCCCUAUAUACAUUGCCCCCCCAAACAUACACACACAGCCCCCAUACACACAUUGCCAUACACACACAUACACAGCCCUCCCAUACACAUACACACACCAUACACAUUCACACACUGCCCCUUAUACACACACUGCCCCCACACACACCAUACACAUUCACACACUGCCCCCCCAUACACACACAGCCCCACAUACACAGCCCGCCAUACACACAUUAUCCCACAUUGCCCCACACACCCUACAUAUUUACACACUACACCCCCCCUCCCCCACACACACACUACACCCCUCACACAUUGCACCACUCACACACACCACGGCUCCUAUGCCCUACUACAGCCCCAUAUCCAAGUAGACCCCAGGUAAGUUGUCAAACUGUUCUUAACCGUUUGCUGUUUGACUACUUACUCUGGGAGGGGUCCUAGCACUCCUGGCACCAUAACCACUACACAGAGCUGUAGUGGUUAUUGUGCAUGGAUUAUUUCUUUAAAUAAUCUACAAAUGCCCCUCCCAAGAUCAGGCUCUGGAUCUGCCACUGUGUCGACGUCACUGCUGUCUGCCUGUGGUCCAAUUAAAUACUUCUCAGAACAUGCUCUCUGAGCCGAAUGGUCAGGGCAGGAAGGGAAUUAAAAAAACAAACCAACAAACAAAAGCAAUUGCUAUGAAAGCAGCGAGCAGGGGUGGGUGAGAGGAUUACGGCUUCCCCUUGCAAGAGGAGUCACUAAGUGUGGCUGGGAUGCAACUUGUUCAGUUAUCAUGUAAAAAUUAUAAUUUCUCUGUAGGUACAGCAUUUCAAGCACUACCACCAUGGCAAUUUCUAAAAGCAGAAGUGGUCAUCGUGGUUUGAGUAACCCUUUAAAAACUGUGUGCCACACUGAGAAAAGAUUGAAAAUAAGUGUGGCUAUACAGGAUACAAAACAUGAUCUGUGAUCUAUUGAAAUAUAAUGCCAGUAUUUCGGCCUCAUAUUUCAUGCAAAUUUAGGUGAAUCGGGCUGCAGAGAGAAUUCUGUCGUGGUGCUGGAUUUUGUAAGAAAGGAAGCACUGUAAAGUUAAAAAUGAAUAUAGUUAUCUUUUUUAUUUCAUUUUGAUUGAAAUUUUGUUUCACAAAAGGGGAAGGAGUGAUACAAAACCAGGGGAGGAGGGGAGAUAUGGGUUACCAUGCAUAAACAUGAUUUUUUUUUUCUUUUGGAAAAACUAAAGAGAUUUGAGAGAAGGAAAAGAUUACAGAAUGAUUAGGAGACAAAACCUACCCUUAAAUGGACACUAGCUGCUUCAACUCAUUGAAGUGGUUAUAGUGUCUGGAAUCCCCUGGCACCAUCCUUACAUUCAGUGUUAAACUGUUUUAAUGCUAAAUGAGUCAAUCAGUUGAGAGUGCCAGAUGAUGUCUGUGAUUGGCUGAGAAAAUCAGUUGACUGCUUCCAGCCUGUCACAGUGCCCAUGUUUGGUAUGAAUUGGUAUGGCUAGAAGGAUGUGAGUAAUAUAUGCCUUAGCCAGUGGAGUUCAAGCUGUGGGCAGCCAGGGACCCAUAUUAAGUGUUAAACUGCUGGAGAAUGGUUUAGCACUGAAUGGGAGGAUAGUGCCAGGGUUACUAAGCACUAUAACUAAUUCAUUAAUGAGAUGAAAUGGUUAUAGUACCUAAAGUGACCAUUUACAUUAUGUGAUAACAGUAGGAAGAACUUGUGCAAAGUUCAUUGUGGUGCUGAUGGGACUUUCAGAGAUAUAUCAUGUCACACCUAGUGACUCCAGCAAACUCCAUGUGUCAAACCCAUAUAUUGUCCUUACUUGUAGAAACACACUCGAUUUUGUACAUGCAUAAUACAUAUACAAAAACAUUUCUACAACAUUCAUGCAGUUAUCUUCAUUAGAUGUGAGAGUACAGAGUGAAAACACAUCAGGCUAAAUAAUAAAUAUGUGUAUAACUUUAGAAAAAAUAUCUACAUUUCAGAUAUUUGUGUGCAGCUUGCCAAUUUCAUCUUAAAUUUGAAAUCGCAAAACUGCUUUUUGUGAAUUAUACGGACACUCUUAAGUAUCAACACUACUACUUUUUUUUUUAAAUUCUUUAUUUUGUUGUGUGUUAGUAUACAUAGGUCUCCUGCGAAGCCACAAUAGCAUCGCAUGAGUGUCGGUUGACAAGAUAAAUGCACACAUGGAUUAGGUGUUGAGGUCUGUGGUUACGUAUCAUUAUAUGGGAUUCAGUUUCUUCACACAUUUUUGUAAUAUAAGGCAUAACAUUGUAGUAACAUUGAGUUCAAGGGAAACCAGAUUAGCAUGGUGGGUCUGUAAAAUGCAUCUUGGUGUAGCCCUCUUACUUAGUGAAUGUGUGGGGGACCUUCCUUACCCUUGUAGGUUUUGCGCUGCUGUUUGUUGGCUGGUGUGUGUCAGUGUUCCUUUGGGAUGGGAGCGUGUGUGGGGGUUGGUUGAGUGGCUUGGCCCCUGGGGCCGUGGGAGUGUGACUCCUUAAGGGAAACUCCCGGUGUUCGGGUGUAAGGUUACGUGAAUGGCCUCUUGAGCUCCAGACAGCCCCAUAUGUUCGUACGAGCCUUUACGAUAGGUAGAGCUUUAGGCCUUGGUGUGUGUUGCCCUUAACCUAGAGGGCUAUGGGGGGGAAGGGGGAGAGGAUUGUAAGGAUUGCAUCGCUGAAUGAGUUUCUAGUGUGAGUUUUCUCCGCUGGAUCCACCAGAUUAUAGUCAGGAACAAGAAAAACACAAAAGAAAUAUCCCACCUCCUCCCCAGCAACUGGACGACAGUUUUAUUCCUGCCAAACACGGCUUUUAUACAUUGCCCCUAGCAAGGGGUUUCUCAGGCAAAAUUACAGGGCUUUUCUUCCCAGGAUCCUCUGUGCCUGAGAGAUAAUUAAGUAAUAGCUUUUUCUCACGCAAUUAUCUCUAAGAUACAGAAAUUUUAAUAACUUCACCGAAUAGCUUGGAUUUGAGCGCACACUUUGCCUAAAUAUCACUCAGAUCCCUUCGUUGGUUUGGGAACGCCAUUCAAAUGAAAUUUUGACCGGUCGGCCACAAGGUGAUGCCCCAAAACCGUUCCACAGAAAACAAGGCAACAACCGGUCAUUUUUUAGGGGUUCUCACGCAAACACUGAUGAAUCCAUUCCCUGGCUGUUAGGAUACAAAUGCUCUCCCUUUUUGGUAGUUUAUACCUCCCGAAUGCAGUUCUGACUGUUCGUGAAGUUGCAUGGGCAGCAGUACCAGUUUCCUGGGUGUUCGAUAUCCGAAAAUAGUUCCAUGCCAUCGUUGACCAUGUACAGCUGCCCUCGUUCAGGAGACAAAAUGGCUGUCAAUUGUUUGAACACGUGUGUUCGGCUAUGCGAAUGGCAGCCACACAGGGAAAGCACGUGAACUAAUAAAUUUGUGGUUAACAGCCAGGGGUGGUCUGUGAUUAUAAAGUGCGAACAAGGGGCCCCUGUCAGGAUUGUGUCACACCUAGGACUAAAAGGUAACGUGUUACAGGGCCUUAGAAUGGCCAGACUUAACGUACCAAAGAAUAGUCAGUAUACUUGCCGAGGUCAGGGACACAGAAUGGGACACAACAAUGAGGGAAGUCAGAACAGAGCCAAAGUCAAAUACCGAGGUCAGGGACACAGAAUGGGAUACCAAAAAUCUGGGAAGUCAGAACAGAGCCAAAGUCAAAUACCAAAAUAUCAAGAUCAGGAACGCACUCUUGGAUUACCAACAGGCAGAAAGCACAACAGGGCAAUGAGAGAAUGUAAAAAUUAGUUUAAAUUAUGACCCACCUUUUACCCCAGAACGAUUGCACGCGUGACGCCACAUGCACGCCAAUGUCAUCAUCAACGUGGGCGGUCUUGGGGCUAUAAAGUGACAUGGAUCCGCAGCAGCCGGCGUCCCUAGACAUGCUGGAUUUAUCAGGUAUCUGGGCGCAUGGUUGCAGAUGGGCACAACUAUUCCUGUCAGGACGGUAAAUACUAUCAUAAACAUUUCUAUGUGCGGAUGAAUCCGUUACAGCCACACAGCGAGGGGGUUUGUUAUACGGACAGCCGAAUAAAGGGAAUAAAAGUAUGUUUGGGUUUUUUAUUCUGCUACACACAUCUCUUCUCUGGGCGUCAAAAAAAAAAAAAAAAAAAAGAGGAGGUUGGUGGGACAAAAAGAAACCCCAACUAAAUAAAAGUAGCUCAUCUAUGUGGUCAGGCCAGUCUUUGCUCCCCACGUGCAUCAGUUUGCCUUGGGUACCAAUGAUCUUGAAGCCGGUUCCCCGGUAAGUACUAUCCACUGCAUACCUGGCAUACCACAAGACUUGCAGUUUUGGAGAUGCUCUGAUCCAAUCUAGCCACACUAUUUGGCUGUUGUCAAACUCACUCAGAUCCGUUUGCUUGCCCAUUUUUUAUGAUUCCGACACAUGAAAUUCGAGAAGUGACUGUUCACAUGAUGCAUCUUAUAUAACACUCUUGACUUGUGUCAUUGUAAUAAUAUAAGCAAUAUUAUUUAAUCUGAUUUUAAUGUUGUGGCUGAUCAGUGUAAAUGGCAAUAGCAUAGGUUCUUAACUGAUAUCUGAGCAGCAUAUUGUUCUUUCACAAGGAAAUAUAGCACUUGCAUGUAUUCAGGAAGCAUGUGAAACAUAUUUGCAAAGCAAAUGUUAAAAGAUAACAUUUAAAGGGACACUAAGCACCAAAAGCAUUACAUCUUAGAGGAGCAAUGCUGAAAUGUGCAUAUUUUCAUGAAUGUGUAGAACAAUCUUUUUUUAAACAUAUUUUUCUUUCCACUGCCAAUGCCAGUUGCAGCUUGACAAAGCACGAAGAACAUAACUCUCUGUUAGAAUCACGUAUUUCAUACUGUGCAUCUACACACAUUCAAAAUAUAAUGGCAUUUAAGAUUAUGGUACUAAUUAGAAACAAAAUGUAGGUUAAUAUUAGCAAUCCUAUUUGCCUGUAAUGGGGCACUUUCAUAGCCUGGUGCAGUCACAUCACAGGGGUAUGAAUGUGCUUUUUAGUAGAGGUGCUCAAUGCACAAGCAAAUGUGUUUUUUUUGUUGUUGGUUUUUUUUUAACACUAAUAACACUUGCUUUAAGCAAAUUAAAGAAACAUUCUGGUCACCAUAACAACUUCAUCUAAAUGAAAAUGCUAUGAUGCCAGGAAGCCCCUGGGUGCUCUCUUUCCUAUAAAGGGUUAAACCACUCUCAAAUGGUUUAACCCCAAAAACUUCCUCCAGCUCCAGGUCGCUCAGUGGUAUUCGGCUUCUGAAAAAGAGUGUUAGGAAGUGCAGAUUGACGUCAGGCAUGGGUGCUACAGAUUGGCUAGAGUGGUCAGUUGAUGCUCUAAGCCAAUCGCUAGUUACCGGUUCAUAAAAAUGUUUUACUUUUUUAUGAAUGGGGAGCUACUGAUUGGCUUAGAGUGCCAGCUGACCGCUCUAGCCAAUCCGCAACACCCCAACCCAGCAGCACUCUGUGCUUCCUGACACUCAGUAAAUAAAAGUGAACACAUUAACACUGAUAUUUUUUUUUUUUUACUUGGGGAGAUGAGAAGGUCCAGAGUUUCCCUGCCAGGUCCAGGUAUCAAAGCCUUAUGAUGUGGUGUCCAGAAUAAAGUGGAGGGUUAACUUCAUUUGUCCUUCCUGCUCCAAUCUCCUUUUCUUCUCCUUCAUUUGACAGUCUUCUUUUUCUUCUGACACUGUCUUCUGUCCUUGGCUCCUUCUGCUCCUUUACCUUUCUGCUUAUUUUGCGCACUUCUGCUCCUUUCUCAUUCUGAUCCCUUUCUGCUCCUUGCAGACUCUUUCUGCUCCUUCUUCUACUUUACCUUUGUGCUCCUUGCUGUCCCUUUCUGCUCCUUCUCCUACUUUACCUUUGUGCUCCUUCAGAUUCUUCCUGCUCCUUUACCUUUGUGCUCCUUCUGUCCCUUCCUUCUCCUUGCAGACCCUUCCUUCUCCUUGCAGACAUUUCCUGCUCCUUGCUGCCCCUUCCUGCACUUCCAUAAUCUAUAGGCUGCCUCCCCAUGCCUCACUUCUCUAAUCUAUAGGCUGACCCCCAUGCCUUACUUCCCUAAUAAAUAGGUUGCCCCCCAUGCCUCACUUCUCUAAUCUAUAGGCUGCCCCCCAUGCCUUACUUCCCUAAUCUAUGGGCUGCUCCCCCAUGCCUCACUUCCCUAAUCUGUAGGCUGCCCCCUUCCCUUACUUCCCUAAUCUAUAGGCUGCUCCCCCAUGCCUCACUUCCCUAAUCUAUAGGCUGCCCCCCCAUGCCUCACUUCCCAAUAUAGGCUGCCCCCAUGCCUCUCACUUCCCUAAUAUAUAGGCUGCCCCCAUGCCUCACUUCCCUAAUAUAUAGGCUGCCCCCCAUGCCUCACUUCCCUAAUAUUUAGGCUGCCCCCAUGCCUCACUUCCCUAAUCUAUAGGCUAUCUCAAACCCCCCCCCCAUCCCUCACUUACCUCAUCUGUAGGAUGUCUCUAUUGCCUACAUGUGCUGCUCCCCUGCGGUUUAAGUCAGCAGAGAGAAGCAGGGAUAGAUGCAGAUUCCUAUCCCUGUCUCUCGCCAUACACAACGGCGCUGGUAUAGCAGUUCAUUUUCAAUCUCACACAAAAAAUAGCAGAACAAGCGGAUGCCCAUGAGCGAGAGCCUGGUUGGAGACCAGUCAGAAGUAGGUCACUAAAUUAGUGGCUUCCACACAGAAUAAUGGUAAUCAUUAGAUUUGCUUUCAGAAGUAGCAACCGGUAACUCCCUGUAGAGUAGCGGCUGGCCAGUAAUUAGUAGUGACAAACUUGUAAUCAAGCCUUCCGUGUCCAGUGAAGGCCGUGGCUGACAGCUGUAUGUACAUAUUUGUUGACUGUGCUCUUUAUGUUUUCAAAUACAAUUCAUGUUUGAGCACACAAAAAACAUUUCAACAUAUUAGUGAAGCCAAAACCCCAAGUGCAGGAAAGCUGAUUAAGUGCCAAGAGUGUCCCUUUAAUGUAGUAGUUUUGGUGCAUAGAUGCUGACUCUUUUGUUGGACAAUUUAAAACAUUUCAAUUUCUGAGAAAAUUUUGACUGAAAACAUGUUUCUGGUGACUUGACGGAUUGACAACCGCAAGAGGCUCUUCUUCCUGAAGUGAAAUGAAUGAACAUAUACAAAAGUGUGAACCGUGCCUAUUUAUAAAAAGAACACACACAACAGAAAACAUGCAAUAUGCAUACAUAUAUGUGAAAAAUCUUCUAAAUUCCAAGCAUACUGAAGGAUCAUAGCGAUAUAUAUAUAUAUAUAUAUAUACAUACAUUUAUUUUGCAUGUUUUUUAUUGAAGUGCAUUUUUUUAUUUUUUUUACAAAGUGCCUCAAUUUCACAACAGUUAGUUUUUUGUUUCAUUUAUAUUUUUUAUACAAUGGUAAGGGAAUCCAUCAAGGUAAAAAUAGUAGUACCGGUUGCCUACUAUAUGUCAGGUGCGUGUAUAAAAGUAAAACAAUUUAGAACAUAGAGAAAGAAAAGUAAGAACAAUUAUAAAAAAACAUGACCAUGGAGUAGAUCAUAAUGCUGGCGUCUUACAGUCAGUUCAAGUUGGAGCUCCUUGCCUCUUGGGGAGGGGAAGGGGGACACCGUUCUCUCUGGGUCACAGUUAUGUGUUGUGGAGGGGGGCGCGGUCGUCGUUGAUCUUGUAGGGAUCCCCAGGGCUUGGAGGAAGGAGUCUGCUUCCGUUAGUGUGGACAGUCUUUUUGUGAUGCCCCCUUUGGUUACCAUCAGGGUUCUUGGCAUUUUCCAUCUAUACUCAAAGCCUGUGUCACACUGAUGGCUGGUCACAGGUCCCAUUGAUCGGCACUAUAGUAGUGUGUUGCGCAUUAGAUCUCGAAAAAAAGGUGAGUUGAGAGGAUGCAAAGGUAAGUGGAGUCUUUCCACGAACUGCAGCCACGAUUUUUUUCGGCGGAAGAGUGACAUCUGAUUAUGACAUCUUGGGAGGCUGUAGGUGGUGCUGGUCUUGGUUUUGGGAUUCGAAAGAAGCCUUUAAAGGUAAGUUUCUUUGCUUGAGCAUGUGGCAUGAGGGAGGUGGUGAGGCGUCUUAAGGUAGUGAGGUAGUUCCAUCAUGUCGAUGGAGUCUGGUAUGCCCCGAAUCUUAAGGUUCGGGUGUCUGUGACGGUCCUCUGUCAGAUCAACUCUGGUUGUUAGGGUAGAGUGGGAAGACUGCAUUUGGUGGAUAGAUUCUUUCAGGCCUUGUACCUCCUGAAAUAUUGAAUUAAAUGCAUUGGAUUGGAAGAGCAAUAGUUCGCUAUGGAAACCAUAUGAGUGGACCAGAGAUAAUCAAUGCUGAUGAUUUCACAGUAGGUGAAUUAAGCUGCUGAGAGAAUUCUGUCUUGGUGCUGGAUUUUAUCAGGUGUUUUUUUUUUUUUUAUUUAACAAAGAGGCACCAUUAAUUUACAUUGGAAAAGAAACACUGUAAAGUUAAAAAUGAAUAGUGAUCUUUUUUUAAUUAUUUAAUUUUGAUUUAUAAAUGAUUUAAAUUUUUUGUUUAACAAAAGGGGAAGGAAGGAUACAAAACAAAGAAAGGAGUGGGUAUGGGUUACCACGCUUAAAAAUGAAUAUUUAAGUACAGGUUUACUAAAGCAUAGCACUUUGUUCUAACUUAAAAGUUAAAAAGCAAAAUGUCCAAAUUUCGUCCGAACAGAAUGUCAAAGUUUGUCCAUUAAUUUUCGACUAAACUCUGUCGUUAUUUUGAGAAGAAUUCAAUCGCGAUCCUGGCCGCGACUGCUUCUUGCAGCCGAUUAGUAGAUUACCCCUUAAUGUGGUAUCCUGUGGGAUUGCUAUGUAAUUGCAAUUCCACAAGUAUUAGGGAGUUCUCUACUAAAAAGCAGAAAGACCAAAAUUGGUCUGUCAACUUUACUAAUAAGUAAAAUAAAUUACCUACCCACCCAGUGACUUAUGGUCCCCUAACCCCUAGUCACCCCCCAAAAACAAAUACUGUACCAAUCCCCCUCACCUUAAUAAUAGUGAGGUAGUGCGCUAAACGAAAUGCCUGAAAACUAAAAAAAAACAUAAUACUUACAAUUAGAUGUCUUCUUUUUUCUACCAUCUUCUUUUUUUCAGCCCGGAAAAGGGCCAAAUAAAAAUCCAUAAAGUCCCGCCAAACCAUUAAAAUAAGAAAAAGAUCCCAUUGCAAACAAAAAUAGUGAGGUGAAUAGGGGACCCGCCGCCAAUGGGUGGAGAUAAUAGGCUGGAUCUCUGCGCUGGUUUGGGAAAUUGCUACAGCUAAAUCUCAUUUCCAGUGAGAGGUAAUUUUUGAUUUAGCCAGACUAUUGGAAGGGAGUCGAAGGUAAAUGGAGAAGGUAUAUGAGAAGUUAAAGUUGAGUAUCUUGAAAGAACUGCUGGAAGGGAGACUGGACGUGCACAGCGUCUUCCAAUUCUUCCACGGAAGAAACAGAGUUUUAGCGUGAGGUGCAGACUUGGCUGGCCUAAUCUAUUGUAGGAGACCAUCCAGACAACCUAUUGUCCCUGUUGAUUAUUCCCUUUUGCGAUUGUCCCUAUAAAUAUGUGCCUAUGUCCCAGUUGAGUUUGUGUGUUUUACCCUUCAACAAGUGUCGUCUGGUGUCUGGGGAAAGCGUUAAAGUCACUUCAGCAUUUUCGUCUCCUUUGAGAGAGAUCUUUUGAUGGAUGUACUCAACCAGAGUACUGGGGCGCCAUGAUACUUACCCUUAGUUCUCCGGCGUGCUGGUCUUACAAGAGUGUCUCCUCCCCGGUGAGAUAAUUAUUGAUUAUCACUAGAGGGAAGCAUUGGGGCUAGUCUGUAUAGAAACAUAGAAUGUGACGGCAGAUAAGAACCAUUUGGCCCAUCUAGUCUGCCCAAUUUUCUGAAAUACUUUUUAAUAAUUAGUCUCUUAUAUCUAAGAUAGCCUUAUGUCUAUCCCACGUAAGCUUAAACUCCUUCACUGUAUUAACUUACCCACUUCAGCUAGAAGGCUAUUCCAUGCAUCCACUACCCUCUCAGUAAAGUAAUACUUCCUGAUAUUUUUAAACCUUUGCCCCUCUAAUUUAAGACUAUGUCCUCUUGUUGUGGUAGUUUUUCUUCUUUUAAAUAUGGUCUCCUCCUUUACUGUGUUGAUUCCCUUUAUAUAAUUAAAUGUCUCUAUCAUCCAAGCUAUACAUGUUAAGAUCCUUUAAUCUUUCCUGGUAAGUUUUAUCCUGCAAUCCAUGAACCAGUUUAGUAGCCCUUCUCUGAACUUUCUCUAAAAUAUCAAUAUCCUUCUGAAGAUGCGGUCUCCAGUACUGCGUACAAUACUCCAAAUUAGGUCUCACCAGUGUUCUGUACAAUGGCAUGAGCACUUCCCUCUUUCUACUGCUAAUACCUCUCCCUAUACAACCAAGCAUUCUGCUAGCAUUUCCUGCUGCUCUAUUACAUUGUCUGCCUACCUUUUAAGUCAUCAGAAAAUAUAUAUAUUCCUUUCCUCAGAUGUUGAGGUUAGGACUCUAUCAAAUAUUCUGUACUCUGCCCUUGGGUUUUUACGUCCAAGAUGCAUUAUCUUGCACUUAUCCACAUUAAAUGUCAGUUGCCACAAUUCUGACCAUUUUUCUAGUUUUUCCUAAAUCAUUUGCCAUUUGGCUUUUCCCUCCUGGAACAUCAACCCUGUUACAUAUCUUAGUAUCAUCAGCAAAAAGACAUACCUUACCAUCAAGACCUUCUGCAAUAUCACUAAUAAAAAUAUUAAAGAGAAUAGGUCCAAGUACAGAUCCCUGAGGUACCCCACUGGUGACAACCCAAGCUUCGAAUAUACUCCAUUGACUACAACCCUCUGUUGCCUGUCACUCAGCCACUGCCUUACCCAUUCAACAAUAUUGGAAUCCAAACUUAAAGAUUGCAAUUUAUUGAUAAGCCUUCUAUGUGCAACAGUGUCAAAAGCCUUACUGAAAUCUAGGUAAGCAAUGUCUACUGCACCACCCUGAUCUUUUAUUUUAGUUACCCAAUCAAAAAAAUCAAUAAGAUUAGUUUGGCAUGAUCUCCCUGAAGUAAACCCAUGUUGUCUCUGAUGUUGAAAUCCAUGUAUUUUUAGAUGUUCAACAAUCCUAUCCUUUAACAUGGUUACCAUUACUUUCCCCACUACUGAAGUAAGGCUUACUGGCCUAUAGUUGUCCGAGUCCUCCCUACUACCUCCCUACUAAUCUUCUGGGACUACUCCUGUUAACAAUAAUUGGUUAAAUAAAUCUGUUAUUGGUUUUGCUAGUACACCACUAAGCUCUUUUAAUAACUUUGGGUGUAUUCCAUCAGGUCCCAUUGACUUAUUUGUCUUUACUUUUGACAAUUGAAAUAGAACCUCUUUCUGUGUAAACUCACGCAUAAUAAAUUACUUAUUUGUCCUUUUUCCUAAAUGAGGCCCCUUUCCUUCAUUUUCCUCUGUAAAUACUGAACAAAAAUAUUAAUUGAGGCAGUCAGCUAGACCUUUAUCCUCAUCUACAUACCUUCCUUCUUUUGUUUUUAAUCCAAGUAAUCCUUGUUUUACUUUCCUUUUCUCAUUUAUGUAUCUAAAAAAUGUUUUGUCCCCUUUUUCACUGACUGUUCUACUUUCUCUUCUGUGUGUGAUUUGGAAGCUUUUAUAUCUUGCUUAGCCUCUUUCUGCCUAAUCUUAUAGAUCAUUCUGUCUUCCUCACUCUGGUUUUUUUUUAUAAUUAUUAAAUGCUAACUUUUAGUUUUUUUUUACUAUUUUGACUACAUCUGCGGAGUACCACAAUGGUUUCUUGAAUUUUUUGCUGUUACUGACAAGCCUAAUGCAAUUUUCAGUUGCCUUCAGCAGUGCAACUUUUAAAUAAUCCCAUUUCUCUUGAACUCCAUUUAAAUUGCUCCAGUCUGAUAAUGACUCCUUUACACAUAUUCUAAUUUUAGAAAAGUCUGUUUUUUUUAAAGUCUAAAACUUUUGUUUUUGUGUGGUGUGACUCAGUCACUGUUCUUAUAGUAAACCACACUGAAUGAUGAUCACUGGAUCCUAAACUUUCACCUACAGUAAUAUCUGAUACCAAAUCUCCAUUUGUUAACACUAAAUCUUGUGUGGCCUCUUUACGAGUUGGCUCCUCAACGACUUGUUUUAGAGACAAUCCCAGUAGGGAGUUUAGAAUAUGUGUGCUCCUGGCACAAGCAGCUAAUUUUGUUUUCCAAUUCACAUCAGGAAGAUUAAAGUCACCCAUGAUGAUAACUUCCCCCUUCAUUGUGAUUUUAGCUAUUUCCCUAAACUAGUAGAUUAUCUAACUUUUCUAUUUGUCCUGGGGACCUAUAAAUCACACCUACACGAGUUACUGUAUGAUUACUAAAUUUUAACGUAAUCCAAACGGACUCUAUGUUCACCUCACUAACUUUUAUUAGGCUAGAUUUAAUGCUAUCCUUCACAUACAGGGCCACUCCUCCCCCUUUCUUGCCUUCCCUGUCUUUUCUAAAUAAAGAGUACCCUGGUAUUGCUAUGUCCCAGUCAUUUUUCUCAUUAUACCAUGUCUCAGUAACAGUGACUGUAGCAGAACCCCUUUUUGGCUUUCCCUUUCAUUUCGUUUAUUGUUGGCACUGCAGAGGUUUUCCUGUGCCUGGAGUAUACAGAAUUCCAUGUGGUCAUACUUUGUUCGGUAUAACAAUACCAGCUUACAUGUGAACGAUUAAAUUCACCAUACGAACAAAGUACCAAAUGAACUGGAUCACCCUGAUGUGAAGAAUGGAUAUAAUUUACCUCCCUGAUUGCUUUUCAUAUUCCCUUGUACGCACGAACACGCCGCCAUAAUCCCUGGGUGACCGCCAUUUUGGCAGCCGAACACGUGGCGGCAGCCAUCUUAAACCCACGAACAGCGGUGUUUGGUUGUCGAGUGUCUGGAACUCAAAACGGACGCUCAACUAGCCAAACACCACUAAGACCUCCAGGGUUACUGGGAUACUGUUGGAUUGUAUUGCUGAUUGUGCUGGAUAUUCUCUUGGAUUUAUUACUUGUUCCUGCAUCCUCUUAAUAUAUUGGUGGAGUUUAGCUGUGGAAAAUCAGCUCUCCGCUACAUUGGUGGCAGCAGUGGGAUCCAGACCCACAGAGGAGAAAGUACCAGGAAAGGCAACAGCACUGGAUUGCACCACUUUAAAGCGAGCCACUUUAAAGGAACUCCUAGAAGCAAGGGGUAUUCCCGGCUGCAACAAGACCAAGGCAGUCCUGGUUGCAGAAGUCAUGGCGGAAUACAGAGCAGAAGAGGGUCCGGCUUUGGUACAGAAUAACCCAGCAGAGGAAAAGGGGCGGUUGGAAUUUCAAAGAGAACUGCAGUUCCGGCCGUCAUUCUCUGGGGAAAACCCACCAACAGAGAUUAUCUCCAGAACCAUGAUGGAGGUACAGGAGUUUGUACUACGACAGAGGGUCCAACAAACUCCAGAGAGGAACCAGAUCGUACCCAUGGUACAGGAGAACAAACCAAAGGUACCGUACAAGGCUUUUAAGACUUAUGUGGAAGCAGAGGAAGAAAUUGAUGCCUUUUUGGAGGAUUUUGAAAGGUUGUGCCACCUGCAUAAGUUAAAUGUCGAGGAUUGGGUUCCCAUUUUAGCAGGGUGGCUAACGGGAAGAGCAGCAGAAGCGUACCGCAUGGUACCAGAUGACGAACUAAGGGAUUAUCACUGGGUUAAGGAAGUCAUACUGGCCAGAUAUGCCAUGACACCAGAAGCGUACCGAAGGCGGUUCAGGGACCUUAAAGAGACUGGUAAAGAUUCACACGCAGAAUGGGCUUGUCGACUACAAAGAGCGGCACUGGGUUGGAUAUAGGCAAACAAAGAGCAAUCCAUGGAGGAUUUGUUGCAGAUGAUAUUGUUGGAGCAAUUUUUCGAUGGACUGGCAUCAGAUACAGGAGUGGGUGAGGGAUCGCAAUCCUACAAACCCCAGAACAGCAACCCAUUGUUACCAGGCAGAGGCUGCAAUGACCUACGACGCUGGAGUUCCCACCACCACAGUAGAACAGUGGGAAGUGCUCUAUGAGGCAGAUCCCCUACAGGCCCACGCAGACAACCGCCAACACCAUUGGCAGACCGUCUACUUAGAGGGAAAGACAGUACAAGGGCUUCGCGAUUCUGGAGCCACCAUUACUUUGGUAAAGAGCCACCUAAUCCCCACAGAAGAAAGGACCAGCAGGACUGUAGCCAUAAGGGUAGCCGGGGGAGCAGUAUACGACUACCCACAGCCCGAGUGCAUUUGAAUUGGGGGGCGGGUCAUGGGAAUGUGGAGGUGGGGUUGAUGCCACAACUCCCACCGGAAGUUUUGUUGGGGAAUGACUUGGGGAAAUUGACAUCGGCAUAUGAACCUCAGACCCCAGCGGUUGGAGAGGCCCACCCCGUGGUCACACGCCAACAGGCCCGCACCCAGGACUACAACUCACACCCGGAGGGACCCUUCCGCAUCUGUAGCACCCUGGGCCCCACCUAGUGAAUUUGAAGCCGAAGUAGCCACAGACCCUACGCUACAAGUAUAAAGGGAUAAGAUAGCCACAGGGGUGGCAGGGACAGACGGAGAGAGAUUCAUAUGGGAGGGUAAGCUUUUAUAUAGAGAGACCGAGAAAAGGGUAGACGGGGCAGACCCAGUCAUUAUGCGCCAGUUAGUGGUACCACAGCGGUACCGAUCCGAAUUACUUUGGAUAGCGCAUGAUAUACCGCUAUCCAGACACCUGGGGGUCAGUCUCACCCGGUAUCGGUUGACCCGGAGUAUUGUGGUACCUGCGACACCUGCCAGAGGGUAGGAAAAAGGGGAGACCGCAGGAAAGCCAAAUUACAUCCCCUACCCAUAGUGGAGGAGCCAUUUAGCCGAGUAGUGGUGGACAUACUAGGCACCUUAAGGAAGGCUAGCACCUCGGGCAAGAAAUACAUAUUAACAGUAGUAGACUAUGCUACCAGGUAUCCCGAGGCGGUAGCACUAACUAACAUUCAUGCAGAAACGGUGGCUGAGGCCCUCAUGAAGAUUUUCUCCCGGGUAGGAUUACCCUGGGAGAUUCUCUCCAAUCAGGGCACUCAGUUUACUGCUGAGGUCACACAGCAGCUAUGGAAGUUUUGUGACAUGAGACCAAUAAUCAGUGCCCCAUAUCACCCCCAGACCAAUGGGCUCUGCGAACGGUUUAAUGGAACAUUAAAACAUAUGCUCCGAACGUUCGCAGAAACCCAUCGGGACUGGGAAAGAUUCCUACCACACCUCCUCUUUGCUUAUCGGGAGGUGUCGCAGGAUUCCACGGGGUUCUCUCUAUUUGAAUUAUUAUAUGGGAGACGGGUCCGAGGUCCCCUGGAUCUCAUUAAGGAGCACAGCUCCACGGGUACUCCCAUCAUACCCUAUGUACUGGAGUUUCGGAACCGACUGGAGGAACUAAACCGAGCCGUACGGGAGAACCUCCAGGCGGCCCAGACACGUCAGCGCACAUGGUAUGAUCGGAACGCCAGGAACCGUAGCUUUCAGGCAGGACAGAAAGUUUUAAUUUUAAAACCUGUUCAGCAUGACAAGCUACAGGCCGCCUGGCAGGGCCCAUAUAAGGUGCUGGAGCAGCGCUAAUUGGCCCAUGUGCUGGCUCAGGGGGGCGAUGCAUGAUUCAUGUGAAUAUGCUGAAACCCUACCGGGAAUGCUCCGACGAGGUGACAGCCAUUUGUGCACCCCCCUCUGAAGAGUUUGACAACCUUCCCCUUCCAGACCUGCCAGAAGACGGGAAAUCAGGUAGCGACAUAGCCAAGGUUAAGCUGGAGGAGCGGCUAAGUCCUCAGGAGCGUAGUGAGGUACAACAGUUGCUGAGGGAAAAACAAGAGUCCUUCUCUAAUGUACCAGGUUACACGGCCCUGGCAACUCACCGCGUAGAAACCCCAAGCCAGUUACCUAUGCGCCAAACCCCAUACCGCAUACCAGAGGUGGUGCGGGAACACAUGCGCCAGGAGAUCAAUGAGAUGCUCCAACUGGGGGUCUUUGAGCCUUCUCACAGCCCCUGGGCUUCCCCAGUAGUCCUUGUACCCAAACGGGAUGGUACCACUCGUUUCUGCAUGGACUACUGGAGAUUAAAUGAGAAAACCGUAUCUGACACCUAUCCUAUGCCCAGGAUAGACGAAUUGCUGGACCGGAUGGCCAGUGGCCAAUACCUCACUACAAUUGAUCUUUGUAAGGGGUAUUGGCAGAUUCCUUUAGCCUCAGACGCUAUCCCUAAGUCGGCGUUCGUCACACCAUUCGGCUUGUACCAAUUUAAGGUAAUGCCAUUUGGGAUUAAGAACGCCCCGGCCACGUUCCAGCGGAUGGUGGACCAUCUCCUAGAUGGGUUCCAGGACUAUACCUAUGCUUAUCUCAAUGAUAUUGCCAUCUUAUAUAUCAAUACCUGGCAGGAGCACCUAACCCGGGUUGUAGAGACAAACUGAAUUGGAAAAAUGAUUCGUGAGCAUCCCGGACAUCCCCAAGUCGAUCCGUAAUAGAUCUGACUGUGUAUGCCGGCUUAUGGGCAGUGUAGCAGAACCCCUUUUUGGCUGUCCCAUUCAUUUCGUUUAUUGUUGGCAGUGCAGAGGUUUUCCUGUGCCUGGAGUAUACAGAAUUCCAUGUAACUGUAUGUGGCCUCCGUAUAAGAAUACCAGCUUACAUGUGAACGAUUAAAUUCACCAUACGAACAAAGUACCAAAUGAACCGGAUCACCCUGAUGUGAAGAAUGGAUAUAAUUUACCUCCCUGAUUGCUUUUCAUAUUCCCUUGUACGCACGAACACGCCGCUAUAAUCCCUUGGUAACCGCCAUUUCGGCAGCCGAACACGUGGCGGCAGCCAUCUUAAACCCGCGAACAGCGGUGUUUGGUCGUCGAGUGUCUGGAACUCAAAACGGACACUCGACUAGCCGAACACCGCUAAUACCUCCAGGGCUUCAGAAUACACUGAUGGAAACACACGAACGGCCCGGCGCUCGGUAGCAUGAAUAUUCGGUAGGGAUUCAUACGGUUACCGAAUUCACUAUGGAUGGUAUAGCCUUUUGGGGCUUUUGGGGCACGAAUGGAGACCAACCGCAGGGCCAGAUUUCAUGGAACUAUUUUCGGCUACCUUACCCAUGCGGUCGGUCAAAACUUUACCUUCCCAUAACUCCCGAACCCCUGGUCUGAUAUGAGUGAUUUUUGGAUAUGUUUCUCACCCAGAUCAGGGCUACCAGGGGAUAUUCCACAUAUUUGGGGUACAUCUGAAAAGUGGGAAAAAGUAUGCCUCGUAUAAUUGUGUUAAUUGCUAAUCUAAGGGGAGGAGAUGUGUGGGAGGUAACGUCUAUGGGAUUGGUUACUGUACUAAUUGUGGUGAAUCCCUCCCUUCCAUAGGAGAAUCUCAUAAAAGCAGGAAUGUUGCUAUUAAAAGUUAGUUCUACUCCUGAUACUGUGUGUCGUCCAGUGAUUGGGAAAGGUGAUGGGAUACUAUUGGAUUGUAUUGCUGAUUGUGCUAGAUAUUCUCUUGGAUUUAUUACUUGUUCCUGCAUUCUCUUAAUAUAUUGGUGGAGUUUAGCUGUGGAAAAUCAGCUCUCCGCUACAGCGACUAAAUCUACAUUAUCAGUUGCCAUUAUUGCCACAAGUUCAUGAAUCUUAUUCCCUAGACUGCGAGCAUUUGUAGACAUGACUCUAAGCUUGUCAUUUUUUAACACACUUGCUAAAGGCACCUUCUGUCCUUGUUUUGUGGGGCAAUUGGAUUGAUGUUUUAAAUAUUAAAGUCAUCUUUAAUAUUUUUAUUAGUGAUAUUGCAGAAGGUCUUGAUGGUAAGGUAUGUAUUUUUGCUGAUGAUACUAAGAUAUGUAACAGGGUUGAUGUUCCAGGAGGGAUAAGCCAAAUGGCAAAUGAUUUAGGUAAACUAGAAAAAUGGUCAGAAUUGUGGCAGCUGACAUUUAAUGUGGAUAAGUGCAAGAUAAUGCAUCUUGGACGUAAAAACCCAAGGGCAGAGUACAGAAUAUUUGAUAGAGUCCUAACCUCAACAAUUGAGGAAAGGUAGGCAGACAAUGUAAUAGAGCAUCAGGAAAUGCUAGCAGAAUGCUUGGUUGUAUAGGGAGGGGUAUUAGCAGUAGAAAGAGGGAAGUGCUCAUGCCAUUGUACAGAAGAUUGGUGAGACCUCACUUGGAGUAUUGUACACAGUACUGGAGACCGUAUCUUCAGAAGGAUAUUGAUACCUUAGAGAGGGUUCAGAGAAGGGCUACUAAACUGGUUCAUGGAUUGCGGGAUAAAACUUACCAGGAAAGGUUAAAGGAUCUUAACAUGUAUAGCUUGGAGGAAAGACGAGACAGAGGGAUAUGAUAGAAACAUUUAAAUACAUAAAGGGAAUCAACACAGUAAAGGAGGAGACUAUAUUUAAAAGAAGAAAAACUACCACAACAAGAGGACAUAGUCUUAAAUUAGAGGGACAAAGGUUUAAAAAUAAUAUCAGGAAGUAUUACUUUACUGAGAGGGUAGUGGAUGCAUGGAAUAGCCUUCCAGCUGACGUGGUAGAGGUUAACACAGUAAAGGAGUGGUGUCAGGAGCAAGGAUUUGGCUUCGUUUUUCAUGGUAGCUCUGUUUGGAAUGUUGGAAUGGAAAUAAACUGUACAAAAAAGAUGGUUUGCAUCUUUCUCAAAAGGGAACAAAUGUUCUCAGUGAGCAGUUCAGAGCUUUUGCUAGGAUGUAUUUAAACUAGGAGGGGGGGGCAAAAGGGUGAUAAAACAUAGAAACAUAGAAUGUGACGGCAGAUAAGAACCAUUCGGCCCAUCUAGUCUGCCCAAUUUUCUAAAUACUUUCACUAGUCCCUAGCCUUAUCUUAUAGUUAGGAUAGCCUUAUGCAUAUCCCACGCAUGCGUGGGAUAUGCAUAAGGCUAUCCUAACUAUAUUAUAUCCUAACUAUAAGAUAAGGCUAGGGACUAAUGUAAAGUAUUUAGAAAAUUGGGCAGACUAGAUGGGCCGAAUGGUUCUUAUCCACAAAAUUCGGGAGUUCCAUGCGAACAAAAUACCGAACACACACUCUGGCUGAUAGUUGGUGUUUGUUUGUAUGGUUAAUAAGAACAAACGUACCAAACGGAGCUCUCCUGACGUGUGAGGAAGAAGCAGGCAUUUGUUAAAGUUCAGCGGUGUUCAGGAGUUUCAGUGUCCAAUUUUAGUUCCAUGCGAUCGAUGCCCAAACACUGCUGCCUGCAUUCCUGGCCUCACAAUCAAAAAACCCACACUGAUGGAACAAGGUUAACAAGUGUCAUUAAGCUCAGAGGUGGUCCGCAGUUCAUGGGUUGGUUCGGUUCCCAAACAGUCCCAGGGAAUCCCACGAACUAAUGUCAUUUAAAUCUGUCAUUUAAAUGUAUCACAGUGCCAGUGUCCCCAUGUCGCCCUGUCCCCUAGUCUCCCAGUGUCUGUGUCCCUAUUUCUCCCAGUGUCCCCAUGUCAUGGGGCACAGAGUCACAUGGGGGCACAGAGACACUUGGGGGCACUUGUGGAUACAGACAUGGGGACACUGGGAGACAUGGGGACACUGGGAAACAGGGACACAGGGAGACAUAGGGACACAGGGAGAAAUGGGGUCACAGACACUAGGGACACAGACAUUUGGAGACUAGGGGACACAGACACUAGGGACACUGGCUGGGAGACAUGGAGACACAGACACUUGGGGACACAGACAUUUGGGGACACUGGGAGGCAUGGGGACACUAGGGACACAGACACUGGAAGACAUGGGGACACAGACACUAGGGACACUGGCUGGGAGACAUAGGGACACUGGGAGACAUGGGGACACUGACACUGGCUGGGAGACAUGUGGACACUGGGAGACAUGUGGACACUGGGAGAUGUGGACACAGGCAUUUGGGGAAACUGAGAGACAUGGGGAAACAGGUAGACUAGGGGUUACUGAGAGCCAUGGGGACACUGAGACACUAGGGACACUGGCUGGGAGACAUGGGGACACUGGGAGACAUGGAGACACUGUGUCCAUAGUGUCUCCAUGUCCCAAUGUGUCUCCCUAUGUCUCACAGCGUCCCCACGUCUCAGUGUCCCCUAGUGUCUCUGUCCCCAUGUGUCCCAGUGUCUCCCUGCUGCCUUUCCCCCCCAUCCCUCACAUAUCUGAGCCGUAGUCUGUCUCUGCAGGCUGGGAGCUGCUGUCUGGACUCUCUGUGCUGUGUAGCUGCUCCCCCGCAGAUCAGUUAGUAGAGAGAGGCAGGGAGAUGCUGUAACUUUCUAUCCCUGCCUCUCUCCAUACACAGGGAUCCCUACUGGCCAAUGCUUGUAUUGCAGAGUAAUCUCCAUUUAUACUGAGAAAAAUAUUUGUAUUACAGGUAUUACUGCAAUACCAUCAUGGCCAGGCAGCCUCAAAUACUGGCUGCGCCUUAAAAUACCAGUUAGGUGGCAAACCUAAGAGUAGUGUGUUUUAAAAAAAAAAUGGGCCUAUUCCAUGGACCUGAGCCCGGAACUGCAAUUCCAUCAGCCCCUAUGUUAAUCCGGUCCUGCAUGUGUUCCUUGAAAGGUAAAAAUUUCCUGGAAAGGCACAGUUCCCUUUAGGGUGGUCAUAUAUAAAAACAAUCAAACAAUAAAAAAUAAAAAAAAACACAAAGCUCUCCUACAGUCAUCUGCCAUUUUCUAGUAAUGUACUUUAAUUUUAAUAAUAGUCUUGCAUGUCAGCAGGGGGCCCAGAACAUAUUAACUUGUGAGAGUUUAGACUCUCUUGAUUUGCCAGUGACCUAGAAAUAUUAAAGGACCACUCCAAGCACCAUGACCACUACAGUACGCUGUAAUGGUUAUAAUGCCAGGAGUGCCCUAGCACCCACUAAUGUGAGCAAACAAUUUGCAAAUUGUUUAACAUUGCACCUGUGGACUGCUGGACCAGUAACCUCUUUUAGCCGGAAAUGACCGAAUCUGAGCUAGCCCAGUGGUGCAGGUUGUAGCUCGUUGGCUCUGUACCGGAACUUCCAGCUCUCCUGUAGAUGGAGACUGAUGUCAGAUAAGUUUUCAAAUAAUUUGCAAGUGGUUAUGGUGCUUGGCAUGUUCCUUUAAGGGAACCACAAAGUUCUUGGUCAUUGCUAGCUGUGUUCUAACUCUCUUCUAACCCUAGUCUCCUCUCUUACAGUGUACUUCUCCAUGCAAGUGAUCUGGGCACGCCGAAGGUUUAAGAUCUCUCCUCCUAAUACAUCAGGCCAUCCAUGUUUUGAACGAGUCUUCAGAGCUCAGUAAGACUAUCUACUUGAAUAAUUUUUUUAAAAAAGUUUCCUUAUUCAGUUAACCUUGACUAUGUAACAUGUUUUUUCCACAUUUCUUUCUUUUUAACUAAAAUAUAGCUAGUGAAAUACCUCCUUAUGUUAAACUGUUACGCGGUCUAUGAACAUAGGGGUUAGUUCAUUACAAUCAGAUAUGAUCAGUGGCAGCUGGUAUAGUUUAAAGAUGGUGGGCUCCAUACCAUUAACCUUGUGAGAUGUCAUGCCCUGUUCAAAACCAGAUGGAUCUCCUGUCCUCAAUAAAGGGGAGAAUAGAAACUGCAUAUAUCAUGACCGACACAUGUUCUUUUAACACACACUCAUCACUAGUCAUUACAAUGCCAAUACGUUUGAUGGUGUGUGUGUUUUAUUCAUGAAAAGUAUUGUAUAUGCAGUCCAUAAGUUUUUUCUGGCAGGGGGCUGCUCUCUCUGUACCUGAGACAUUCAAGAUGAAUGUAAAAUUGAUGGAUAGCUGCCAACCAAUUUGCUCUUACCUUGUAAAUGUUUGCACUAAUUGAGGUGUAAAACGUCCAAAGGAUAUAAAGCACAGAAACCAUGAAAACAGUCAGACUGAAUGGAAACAAAAUAAUUUGAAUUGUCUAGAUCAAGGGUUCCCAACGCAGUCCUUAAAGACCACUAUAGGCACCCAGACCACUUCAGCUCAAUAAUUUUAAUUUUCCAUCUAGGGUUAACCCUGCCUGCUGUAAACAUAGUUUCAGAGAAACUGCUAUGUUUACAUUAGGGUUAAUCCAGCCUCUAGUGGCUGUCUCAUUGACAGCCGCUAGAGGCGCUUCCGUGCUUCUCACUGUGAUUUUCACAGUGAGAAGAGGCCAGCGUCCAUAGGAAAGCAUUGACAAUGCUUUCCUAUAGACUGACUGAAUGCGCAAUUGGCGGAAGAGGAAGGAGAGUCCCCAGCGCCGAGGGAGCCCGGCGCUGGAGAAAGGUAAGAAUACAGGGAUAAGCACUCUUGCAGCAUUAAUCAAUGUUUUGACAGGCUUUUCUUGCUUGUUGAGAGGGAUAAAGAAGUAAUGUGAAGAAGCAAUGUAUUAGGAGUAAUUGGAGGAGUAUCCUUCUCUGAGUCCGGUGGAGCUUGGAUCACAGGAUAUCAACAACACAGCUUCGGCAACAUUUUAAUCCCUCAGUGUUGCCAACAAUCAGCUGAGGAAGUAUCAUGCUUUAAGGUCAAAUGAGCAUUCCAAAUCAAUUACCACAGCAUUUUCUGACUUCUGUAAUACCUAGUCAUUGGGCUGAUGAUCUCAUCAAGCUGUGUCCUACAACUCCAUCUAUCAGUUUAAUGACUCCUAGGUUUAAGCCAGUUACCACAAAUUAAUCCUUUGAGAUCAUUGAGACAGACAUGUAUUAUUGAUACAAUGUUGCACUAUAGUAAUUUUUUUUUUUGCUUUCACUACCAUCUCAUCUCUGACAUUGAGUGCUACCAUUCAUAGAAGAGGGCUGUGGAUCCCCCUAAGGAUCCAGAGGUGCCACACAUUAGAGCCAAGUGAUUUUUGGCUCCUUUUUUUGUGUGUGUAUACUAUUAAUCUUUGUACAUCUUUCUGCAUUUUUUUUAGAAAAUAUCUGCACCAUUAUUUAUAUGAGAUUCCAACCUCAAAUUGGAACUUGCUUGUAGAAUGUCAAGCACUCCCAAAGGUUAUGUGAAAUUUUCACCAUUAGCAUUAAUGGGAUACUGUCACUGCCCAGGAUUUUUAUAAGUAUGUUGAGUUAUCCCCUAAUCUACAAAUAUGUGUUUGGGAAAUUUUAAAAAUGAAAUUUCGAAAUCCACACAGCUGUAUUUACUACUAUUUUGGAACUGUGAGUACCUUUUAUCUUUACCCCCAUAGAUAUAAUUGCUAUAAAUAGUGCCCUUUUCUGCCAUUGAAAAUAGUUAUUGAAAGAGGAGAAAUAUGAACAAUGGGGGUUAAGUUUAACCUCUUAAUGACCAAACUUCUGGAAUAAAAGGAAAUCAUGACAUGUCACACAUGUCAUGUGUCCUUAAGGGGUUAAAAAGUAUUUGGAAAAGUUGUUUAAUACUAAAAGGUUUUUUAUAUACUUAACCCCCAAUGUGUCUGUUUUCUUAUCGAUUUGCAUUGUGUGCCAUGGUGUUGUAGUUGAUUUACUGCAAACCAAUUAGUUUGAAUGACUAUCUGUUCCUGUCCAAAUUAAAGAUAAUAAAGUUGCGUGCACGCAGAAGUAAAUUCACACUGAGACACAGAGUUCAGGUUAAUGAAAGAACUUCGGAGAAGUUUAAUGGCUUCUGACAGAAAAUGGGUGCGCAGACCCUUUUAAAGGCAUUAUUACAUCACUGAAGAAUUCAAGAUAACAGCAAAUAGACACUAUUGAUUGGUCCAGGUGUUAAGUGGUUAGUUAGAUACCCUCCUAUCAAGAGGUGAUGUCAUCCUUGACACGGGAGUGGACACAAGAUGUAGGCGCCAUCUUGUUAGCACGAGGUGUUCACUCGAUGGGAGGGGUGCUUUGGCAGCCAUUUUGAGUAGUUAGUAUUGUUAGCUUCUCAAGGUUAGGUUUCAAGGCUUUUAGUAAAUACACAUUUUAUCAAAGCUAUUUCUUGCUGACAUGCAAAUUCUAUGUUCUAUAGACAAAGCUUUCUUGUAAAACUAUGGGGCCUCUUAGAGGUAUAGCAAGAGGAUUUAAAGGGGCCUUACAGAUUUAUAGAGGCCUAAUAAUUCUACAACAGUCCCCCCUUAAAAUGUUAUUUGCUAAAAGACAAAACUUUAUUUGUUAGUAUCAGAAGAUGUGUUAGCCCAAAGACACAGAAACCCCAUGACCGCUGACUUAGUGUUAAUGCAAAGUGCAAGUCUAUCCCUCUCUUGACCCUAACAGGCUGCAGCACAUCCGUCAGUACGGCUCAGGAACACUCUUCACUCUGCUGGUAACCCAUAGUGGCUUAUCCACUACUUCUCCGUACGGCAGUCUACCCAUAAAGACGGACGCUGUCCCUGUACUGUCCCUGUACUGGACUUUUUGCACUUCAUCAGUAUAAGGGAGAGUUUGUAGCGGAAUACAGGGUGAGGUGAGAUCUUGAUCAUCGAUUGUCAGAUGAGUGAAGGUUGGUGUUGCUUGGUCUACAGUUUUCUGCAGGAAUUUCCUUAGGCAUGGGAGGACACAACAAAUGAGAAGAGCGAGAAUAAAAAGAAAAAUUAGUAAGGCAAUACCAAUCUGGACUAAAGCUCUCUGCCAACCAGUCAUCCAACCAAACCAUUUUUCCCAGGGAUCAGUAACUCCAGAGUUUCUCUUUAACUCUUCUGAGAGUCUAUUUAAUUUAGCUAUGGCCAGAGUGACUUUACCAUUAGGACCUGUGUUUUCUGGAAUGUAAGUGCAACAAGUCAUGGGGUCAGGUAGUAUUUUACAUACAUCCCCCUUUUCAGCUAGGAUCAUGUCUAAGGCCAUUCUGUUCUGGAAGGUCAUCUGGGAUGUGGCCCGCAACUGCUCGGCCAGGCCCUGGAGGGCAUCCCUGGUGUAGUUGACAAAACGCUGUUGGUUGUAAUAAAUGUAGUUAAUCCAAUUAAGGUUUUUGUUGGCAGUAACUAUAGUGAACAGUGAUUCAAAACCUACAGCUACUUCAUCUCUAGCUUUAAAUUCAUUAGGCACCCCCCUAGGUACCCCAAUGGCAUCUAUGUAAAUGUGGGGGUCAAAACUGCCUUUUACUGGGGUUUCGCGCCUCACUCUGGCUGGUGUAUGUGGAGGGUCGUAUGUGUCAUGAUGAUUAUCAGAAAUAAUAUGAAUGGGCAUGAUAACUUUGGCUAGGGUACACUCACCCCACCACUCAGUUUCCAGCCUAGAUCUUAACUGUAGAUCCCCACAUAACCAGUAAAUAUCCCCCAAUGACCUGGUAUGGUGUUGCAACAGGCAUAUAGGAACAGUUCUGUAGGUGGCACAAUAGCCAUUAGAAAAGUUACCCAUGAAUUUACCAAUCCCGUCAUAGAUAGCAUAACAAGUGUAAUUACCCGUGAUUCCAUCUGGGGGUUUGACAUUACCAAUUAAGAGGGGGUACUCUGCCGCCCAUGAUUCGCAGAGGGAUCUGUUGAAAUUAUAGCGGUAGGCAAAAAGACUAAGGAAGCAAUUCUCUAUCUCCAAAGGGAGAGUUAGAGGAACGGUGCCAAGAUGAGGUCGAGCACCACCACACACAUAGCAUGCGGUUUUGUUAUGUUUAUUAGCAUUAUAUUUCAUCCACUCUAACCAUAAAUUAAUGUAAUUGAAUCCAGUUUCAGCGGCCAUGGUAUCUUCAAAAGUGGGGUUAGCGAUGGCCAUCAUAUCUUUAAAGGACUGGAUAUGUGGUUUUAGCGGAUUUGGGACCAUAUGAUCAGCCCCUUGCCACUCUGGAGAGUGGUACAUAUCUCUGAGGUAGAAAUGACCUAAUUUGUUGUAGGAACCUUCCUUCCAAUACAUUCCCAUUACAUAUCGGUCUGCAUCCUCGGGGCCAGGAUGUUCAAUAUUUAACAUUAAUUUCAUAGGGGUACUUCCUCCAGGCUUUCUUAAAGUCAUUCUUUGAAGGAGGGAUCUACCCUGAUUGUCUAUCUUAGAUAAAGCACUUUUGGGUUUAUAACCCCAGGCAGGCCCAGUAUUCCAUCCCGCAGCCCCCCAGUAGUUACAGUCAUAACCCCAUUGUUCAUCUACUACACAAACGUAAGGGUCUUUUGCUUGUGGUAUAUCUUUAUAAAUGGCUUGAAUCUGUGACUUAGGGAAUGGACAUUCUACAAUAUCACAGUAGUCAAAGGUGAAUGUAGCCACGUGGGUACAUGAUGAAUUAUACCAGAAAGUGUACCCACUAGCAUCUUUGGUGAUGGCCACCUGCUGAGCUUUAAGGAGGCCAACUAAGGAGAUAAUGUACCAGAGGCACAUGGUUGCAUAGAGUUAGCUUCCUCUGGGGCAGGUGUCUUCUUGCAAUGGGAAGCGUGGAUCCAGUUAGGCCUUCCGGCCAAUUUGACAGAGGUAGGGGAGAUCAGGAGAACUUGGAACGGUCCGUCAAAUCUUGGUUCCAGGGUGUGUUUUCGCACAAAUUUCUUGACCAGAACCCAGUCACCAGGGAGCAGACUGUGGUUGCCUGUGUCAGAAUCAGGAUCUGGAAUUGAAGAGAAAACUUGGGCAUGGAUUUUGUUUAAAGCAUUUGCGAGUUCAGUUACAUAAUCUACUAAAACAUCAGUUUGAAGUUGUAGUUGUUGGGGAAAAUAGUAACCUAGCCUAGGUGCAGUCCCAAAUAGAAUCUCAUAUGGGGACAGUGAGGUAGUAUUUUUGUACAAGAGCAUUCAUUAGAUCCUUUGAUAAAUGUGCAGGUCCAUGUGCCCAUUGUACGACUGCUGGGUACAAAUUCUUAGGGAGGCAGAAAUUGAGGUUGUUGGAGUACACUCCAUCCUUCAGAACUGCCCCUUUCUGUUUCCAUUUUUGUAUUUCUUCAGGAGCAACUGCAGCCUGUUGUUCCCGUAGGGUUUUUAGAUCAGUUGGAAGUGUCUGCAAGGUAAAUGUGGGAGUUUCUUCGUUUCCGGACACACUUCUGUAGUUCUCUUGCAGCUUGUUUUGCAACUUGAUCAGCCAGAUGGUUGCCCCUUGCUUCAUCUGAGUCCAACUUCCCAUGUGCUUUUAUCUUCAAAACAGCCACUUCUUCUGGGAGUAGGAGGGCGUCCAUCAGCUACUUGAUUGCGGAACCGUGCUUGAUUGGUGUACCGGCGGAGGUAAGAAAUCCUCUUGUUUUCCAAAUUAAUCCGAAGUCGUGAGCCACGCCCAGUGCAUAUCUUGAAUCCGUGUAGAUAUUGGCGCGCUUUCCUUCAGAGAUCUUGCAUGCUGAAGUCAGGGCUUGCAAUUCAGCUUCUUGUGCAGACAUAGUUGAUGGUAAAGAUGAUGAUUUGACAAUUUCAUCUGUUGUGGUUACGGCAUAUCCUGUAUGGUAUCUUCCUUCUUCAUCAGCAUAUCUUGAGCAGUCCACAAACAGGGUGAGAUCGGGAUCUACCAAUGGGUCUUCAUGCACAGUUGGUAGAUGUGUUGUUUCCAUUUUCAUCUGUUCAAAACAGUCAUGAGGUGUAUUUGGGUCGUAGUCAUUCACUAUGGUUAAAUCUUGGAACUCAUUUUCCAGGAAAUGACGUGGCCAUGCUUUUAGGUGGUCAGUUGUUGGAUAUUUGACAACACCAUUUUCCUGUAGCUGUGAUUCGUCCAUAGUGGCCCAUGCUUUUGCCAUAGGCCCAAGAUCAUUCCAUGAUAUUGUUUUCAACUUGGUCACAGGGACAUGUGGAAUGGCAGUGUCCCAAUGACGGUACAAAUACUUGAGUUCCGGAGGUAGAUGAAUCAGGACCAUACUGUUGCCUUCAGAAUCACAAUAGAAGUCUUGUGCAGUGAGUUUUACUUCGACCAGAUGAUAGAGUUCAUCUUCAUAGCAGGGUUCAGGAGUGAGGUUUGGUUUGUACCACAUGGUACAGAAGGCAUAUCCUGCUCCGUCAUGAAGGAGUGCUUGUCCAUCAUGAAAGGAUAGGUUGGGAUGCAUUUCCUUCUUGAUGGUGCCAGUGAGAAGAAAAACAUAAGUUUUGUCCAUGAUGAAUCCGUAGUAUACACCCCCCUCAGGGAGUGGCAGAAGAGUGGACGGAUUGAGAACUUGACAUCUUUGAAGGGUAAUGUUGUCAGGCAACAAAAGAUGACAUUGAAGGCGAAGAUGCCUAGCAGGAGUAACAUGCUUAAGUUGGACCUGGUUGACUAUGGCAGAAAUGUCAUGAGGGGCCAAGACAACCAGGGGGUGGCCAAGGACAAGAUCUCCAGUUCUUUCAAUGAGCUCUUUGGCAGCACAGACGGCCCGAAGGCAAGUGGGACGUCCUCUGGCCACAAUAUCCAGUUGGCAGGAGAAAAAUCCAAUAGGCCUUUGGCGGCCUCCAGGACCAUGGGCCUGAGUGAGUACUCCUGUUGCAUGGCCUUGUCUUUCAGAAACAAACAAUUUAAAGGGUUUGGUAUAGUCUGGUAGGCCAAGAGCAGGAGCAGAAGCAAUAGCACGUUUAAGAGUACAGAAGUUGUCAAGGGCUUCUGUGGACAAGCAAAAUGGGUCUGACUUGAGAGCAUCAUAGAGAGGUUGCAUAAGGAGUGAGGCUUCUGGGAUCCAUGCUCGGCAAUAGGAAAUGAGGCCUAGGAAGGCGUGUAGUGACUUUGAGGUCCUUGGAGGUGGAAUGUCCAGUACUGCUCUAACUCGGUCACGGGUGAGAUGUCUGGUUCCCUGAGACAGACAAUGGCCAAGGAAGAUAACAGUAGGUUGGCAGAAUUGCAGCUUGAGACGUGAAGCUUUACAUCCUUGUUCUGCCAGAUAGCAAAGAAGAUUAAUUGAGCAUUGUUCUGAUGUGGGUAGAUCAUCUCCACAGUAAAAUGGGAAGGGAACAAAGAACUGUAGUGUCUUUUCGUGACAAAGGUGUAUUUAAUUGAACCUGGCCGUCUGCAGUGAGGGUGAUGGAUGCUUGGAGGCGGGAUAGGACAUCAGCACCAACACAAGAGUCAUCGGUGUCAGGCAAGAACGAUGAGUCAGGCAGGUCUUGUUCUCUAAGAACACUGCGGGCUGCACCUGUGUUAACCAGGAAAGUAGUAGGGUGACCUUCAAUAGGUAAAGUUACAGUGGCUAGUGGCCCCCCUUGUUCCCUGUAGACACUGCCAUGGCAGGGGCAUUAAGCAUCAGUGGGUUUGCUCUCCUCUGUAUGGGCUGUGUUACUGACUCAAACCCCUUUCUAUGUCAUUAGCCAUAGCUUUUUGCAGUCUGAACAUGUCUAUCAUUAUAAAUAAUGGUUAAUAGUAAGUGAAGUAAAGUUCCUAAAUGUCUUUGGAUAAAACAUUAACUAUUGCGGUACUAUCAUUUAUAUUAAUUAGACCACAACAAUUAUACCACCCUGUAACUAAAAAUGAAUAACCAGUAGUGGCUGGGUUAAUAAAACAUGUCACUAAUCCUUCUAAUGCUAAACCACCAUUUAACGUAAAGGAUGUUACUGUAAACAUACGAUCUGUAACUAGCAAGAUUCGAUUAAGUAAAGAUACAUGUGUAUAAAAUAACUUGCAUUAUUUGGCUAUUUCCCUUGUUGCAAGAUUAAUCUGGAUAAUCAGCUGUUAUGCUCUUAUAUUCGUGUCCAACAGAUCUCAUUUGUAGGUCACACCACAGUUGCAAAUUACAUUUUAGCAACCUUCUUUUUUUUCUUUUUUUUUUUUUUAUCACGGACAAAUUUUUGAUACAGGGAAACAAAUGGCAUGAUUGUUUUAGUAAUUAUAAUGUUUCUGUUCAUAAUAUGUAGAGUGUAAGGAAAACAACAUGACUCUAAAUAGGACGAGCAUAAUAGGGGUAGGCCUCAUGAUGGAGGCAGCCAUGACAGGGGCGGGGAAGGAAAUUACAGCAAGGGAGGAAGUGAGAGGGGUGACGUCCAUGAUAUGUGUGGGAAAGGAAGACAGGAGGUGUGGGCAUGGUAAGGGCGGAAGUGACGUCACUUUAGAAGCAACCGUGACUGUAGAUAGGUCACGGGACUGGCAGGGUCAACCUCCUUCUGUACUAGGCGCCAUCUUUAGGGUGGUGGCUGAUGCACUUUCAACAAUACACUAUAUUAUAACUAUUAAAAUAAGUCAGAGAAGCAACAUUCUGUUCUGCAAAAUGAAAUACUAAACUAUGAACAGACCUGGCAGGUUAAAUAAGACAGUUGAAAACAUUAUGCAUUUAACAGCCCAUACAGCUGUCUCUAGAAACAUGUUCUUUAAAAUGAUGCAAGAUAAACUCACGGAAUUCAACCAAAUUCCCUUAUCUUCCUCCAACCAUUAAUCACUUUCCUCUUCACAUACUAGCUUAACUUCGCAUAUUCCCUCUAUCCACAUUGCAUAGUUUUGCAACAAAUCACGCUUGCCUUUACACUUAACACGUCCAAAUAUUCCUCUAUUCUUGUAUCAGAUUCACUUACUUAACCUCCGUAAAUCAACACUGAGCUACAUCCCUGACUCCCUGUCUUAUACACCAGUCUUGGAGAGAAUACUCAGAAAGGUGGAAUGCAUUCUUGUGAGCGAGCCCCCCCACAAUCUUCACUGCCUUAUCACAAAACACAAUUUAUAUAUAUAUAUAUAAAUAUGGCAAACGGCAACAAUAAUAAUAUUAUUACACAAUUAUAACACCAUAACCUUUGAAUUAGAAUAUUUUCCAGCAAAAAUCCCGUCUCUAACUCUUAUCAGUAGAAAUGCAGGCAUGUGACUCCUCCAUUCGGAGGCAAGUGGGGAGGAGGGGGGGGGAGAAAGUAAGACAGUGCAAAAAAAAAGGGGAGAGAGAGACUGCAGGCAUGAAGAUUAACCAUGAGAGUGCUGGAAAGUAACAAGACAGAAGGACAGAGACUUAUACGUUUGGAAACCAGAAAUCUUUGACGGGAGAAACGGACUGGAGGUACAGGGAGCUGCAGAGAGAGCAUGAGGGUGACGAGAUCUGUAGGACUGAUGGGGGGGGGGAGUAUAGGGUUCCAUCAGCAUUCAGGACUGGGCAAACAGGGGUGGUGGUAGGGUGGGGACCAGGGGUGGGGACCAUGGUCAGCUACAUUUCGGUCAUUUCUGACGCGAUGUUGGGAGUGGUCAUCUCCUGGGCGCCAUCAUAGGGCGCUGGCUGGGAGGACUUCCCAGUAACACAAUUAUUAUAAUACACAAACAAUCUUAAACCUUUGUGAUCAAUUCCUUCCUCAACCUAUCCCUUUUGCUGAAUAGCUCUUGCUACUCGGUAUCAGGCUUCUGCUGUACGAACCAAAUCUUGGUCCGACAGCUUCCCUUUCUUCUCUGUCAGUAACUUACGCCAGCUCUCUGGCUACAAUCUGCCGCACAGAGGUACGGUAAUUCCACAUACUUUAGCAAUCUUAUCAAACUUCUUAACCAUCUCUUCACCUUCCCUAUCUUCUACCAAGUCUCGUGCUAGCCAACCCUUAUCGGGUUUUCCCAGUUUCUGUCCCAUAUUCCCAGAUAUAGAGAGAGAAAGGAACAGAACGUCUACCGUGCUCGACUGCUACUUUAAGAGCAAGCUCUUUAAGUACGUCUUCCCAAAACGUAGACUAGUCACUGAUUCCGCCUACCCGUGGUAGCCGCGGAUUGGAGCGUGGCGAGAAGUGUGUGACCAAUCACUUCUCUCAACAGAGAAAGAGAAAUAGGAGGGGAAAGUGUAAAUAGUGCAGUGAGUAAGAUAAAAGUAAACACAGGAAUCUGUGUGACAGACAAUUAAGACAAUAACAUUUCAGUGUAAAUACAGUGCAUGCAUCACAGUUCAAAUAAGUUCAACAGUUUUAUCCCUUGCCUUUACUCGUGUGGCCAAAAGCCACCUCCCUCAACCUCGUAGUGUCCCUGUUGCGGACCCACCCGCAAGUCUCACUACCAGCAGCCACAGGAAACAGCAACAGCUUCCAACCCGAAUCCUGUAUAGCCUAAAGAAUUGGAAUCUUACCUGCCUCAGCGCUCGAGGCUGGAAUUUUACCAAGAAGAAGUGUCCGAUGAGGCUAGCUAAGCGGUCAAAGCGACACUAUGGGGAACCCCCAGGAAGCAGUGAGUCUACCACCCUCCACAGAUUCCCCCUACUCUUUUUCCUUACAGCCACAGCUACGUGGCUCCUAAAAGAGUUAAACAGGCAAUAGAGGACCCCCAGGAAAACUUCCACAGGUCCACCCCCCUUUUUCCUUACUACCACAGCCACGUGGUACCUAAAAGGAGUUAAACAGGCACUUACACUCCCCGGGUAGACUAAGUUAAACACAAACCAAUACAAACACACCCAGGCAACAGAUAGUCAACAUGCAGGUAAAUUAAGUAUCAUUAACAAUACAAAGACUCUGGGCAAGUUAUUACCUGACUUUGAUGUCCUCUCGGCAGCAGUCACAGACACUGGGACAGGUCAAUCACAGGGGUAGGAACAUACCGGCUAGGUGCUGCAGCAAUCUCUACCGUGUAUUCAGAGGUGAUCAGGCUCUUUUCCUUCCCCCAGGAUUCAUCCCCCCCAGCGUCUUCUUGGACAGCUGCCCAGGCAGGACAUAGCCCAGAGCCCCACGUUAUGGCGCCAGCUGUUGUAGUUGAUUUACUGCAAACCAAUUAGUUUGAAUGACUAUCUGUUCCUGUCCAAAUUAAAGAUAAUAAAGUUGCGUGCACGCAGAAGUAAAUUCACACUGAGACACAGAGUUCAGGUUAAUGAAAGAACUUCGGAGAAGUUUAAUGGCUUCUGACAGAAAAUGGGUGCGCAGACCCUUUUAAAGGCAUUAUUACAUCACUGAAGAAUUCAAGAUAACAGCAAAUAGACACUAUUGAUUGGUCCAGGUGUUAAGUGGUUAGUUAGAUACCCUCCUAUCAAGAGGUGAUGUCAUCCUUGACACGGGAGUGGACACAAGAUGUAGGCGCCAUCUUGUUAGCACGAGGUGUUCACUCGAUGGGAGGGGUGCUUUGGCAGCCAUUUUGAGUAGUUAGUAUUGUUAGCUUCUCAAGGUUAGGUUUCAAGGCUUUUAGUAAAUACACAUUUUAUCAAAGCUAUUUCUUGCUGACAUGCAAAUUCUAUGUUCUAUAGACAAAGCUUUCUUGUAAAACUAUGGGGCCUCUUAGAGGUAUAGCAAGAGGAUUUAAAGGGGCCUUACAGAUUUAUAGAGGCCUAAUAAUUCUACAACAAUGGCUGUGCCAAGCGUGAAUAGGAUAGUUAUGUCACUUGCCAAAUCAUCCUCUAAGGAAAGGUGGGGGUUGGCUGCGCCGUUUUAGCAUUAGACUUUGAUUGCAGCAGGUCGCCAAUAUCACAAAAAACCUUCCCACAUGAGGGCUUUAAGGUUUUUAGCCCUCUUCCCUGUGUCGAACAAGGAGUGCAGAGAUUGCACCCGGGUGAAAUUAGCAAGUGGAUGCGUGACAAUGCAAAAUAUAAAAGGUAAGCCGUGGGAGGUCAGCUGACAUGUGUCAGUUCUCCUGCCAAGCCACGCCAGACUGUUUUUUUUUAAAGUAUUUAAUAUCCCUUUUCUUAUUUAGGUAAUCGAAUGACAAUCUUUCAUGUUUUGCUUGUAUCUUUAUGUGCUAUAGGUUAAGAUACGGAUAUACAACAUGGAUUGUAAAAUCGUUAUUGUAUACACAACACAUUAUACAUUACAGAAUAUUAUGUCAUUAAUAGGAGUAUCUAGGAUCAUUAUUGACCAUAUGACUUCUAAAUUGUGUCUUUUUUGCAGGCUAAACUGCUCAGAAUACUUUCCACUUUUUGUGUCAGUUCUAUGGAUUGCAGGAUAUUUUUUCCAUGAGGGUAAGUAAUUAUUUUGUUUCAUUGCCAUUUAUUUAAUAUAUAAACUUGUCCAUAAAAAACUAAAUGUUGUCAGAUAUGCUGUUAAAGGCACACUCCACUAACCAAUUUAAGAAAAUUAAAUUACUGUUUAGUAGAUAUAUCUGAAAACAUGCAUGCAUUUAAUUAUUUUUUUUCUGCAACCAUUUCAAGCCGUCCCCUUCUUCCAUGGUCCAGACUUUCUGUGUCUGUCCAAUCAUAGAUUUCCCCAUAAGGCUCAAUGAGAAGUCUUUGCAAGGCAGGUGCUCUGGGCGAUUGCAGCAUCUUCACUUCAGUUCUACUGAGCUAACCAAGCAGGACAUGUCUGCCAAAGAGCCACGGGGUGGGGGUGUAACAAGGUUAAUUUAUAAGUGUCCGUUUGUAUUGAAAUACUUUUUUUAAAAAGUAUUGUCGAACUCCACUAUAAGGUAUUAAACCAAUGGCAUAUGGUUCCAAACAUUCUAAAUAAAAUAAAUUAUAAUAAUGUGCUGGAGGUGUAACUAUGAAGUGGGCUGUUUUUAAACAUUUAGUGGGAUUGUGUAUUGAUUAGACCAUUACGGACUAAGGCCUCAAAAUACAUUUCUCCCUUGGUUCAGGAAUAUCUGGAUUUUAAUUUUAUGGCAGCUCUUUUUCAUGUAAUCUAUCUAGAUAUCCUCCACCAAAAAUAUAUCUAAUAAUACAACUCUUAAUGGCCGCAAAAAUAGUUUCAUCAAGAUAAUGGUUACAGUAAACGGUCUUUAAUUGGUCCCAGGUUCUGCUUCAACUUAAAUAACAAUACCAUAUGGAAAGGGAAAUUUCAUUCCAACUAGAAGGCUCAGUCAUGGGGAAAAAAAGAUGGUAUCCUUGGAAAUUUUAAUUUAGCAAGACCUCAUACACUCUCAAUCUCCAUAUAUAUUGGCUUUAGUGUUUAUAUAUGUAAUAAGUUAAACACCACUCUUAUCACCUACAAAUUACCCCUUGACUAGAUUUAGAUUUGUUGAAACAAGAAAGAAAAAAAAGUCCUCAUAAAUAUAUCAUCUGAUCUCAGUUAGUGGUCCGCAUCAAAAACGUAUCUGUAUAUAGUCUCUGUCUGCAUAUGGAAUUAUAUAGGACAGCUAACAAAAUAAUGUAUUUAUGCACUGCAUGCAGUUUUAUGUUGUCUUUAUGCACUCCGGGAAAAAAAAUAUUUCUAAUAAAGAAUAUAAUUACAAAAAAAAGAAAUCUGCACUUUUUGUAAAAACGUAAAAAGAGGACACACUCCUCACACACAAAACAUUUCCGCAAGUGUGUCUCUCCAAUAUCCAGGGUCAAACUAUAGAGUAAGAGGUACAUUUGUACCGUUUUUAUCAACACAAAAUCUCCAGCUUGAACACUGGGAGCGGGGGACCCUAAAAGGUUUGUGAAUGACUUGCACCUGAGAAUUUUGGUGCCCAGAAUGUGUUGCAAUAUUUUCAGUUGGUUGGAUUAAAUUAAAUGAAGAAUUGUAAAUAUGCCUAGUUAUCAAACAUGCUUCCUUUCUUAUACCUGUUUUAGGAGCUGCAGCAGCCUGUGGUCUGUUUUAUCUGUAUAUGAGGUAUGAGUAUUUUCAUGGAUAUGCAGCAUCUGCAGAACAAAGGUAAGACAUGAAAGUAGCAAGAUUCCUUUCAGGUGUGUCGCAGGAAACUGGAACAAAAUAAUAGGCAUCAUUGUUACAGAUGUCCAACUAUGGUACUGCAGUAUUGCACUUUUUUGUGUUCUGCUUACUUUCCUUUUUGUAAAUUUAAAUCCCAGAUUACAAUAUACAUUUUCCUUCCAAGCUUAUAUUUAGUCAGUUAAGACAGUUCUCCCCCUUAAGUGAAGCCAAGUAAUAAGCCAACAUUUUUCCAUGUACAUGUGAAAUAAUCAUAAUAUGCCAUAUUUACUCGAUUUUUGAAACCUGGAAGCUGGCGAAUGUAAUGCGCAUUUAUACAAGAUACUACAAUACAACAUUGUGCUACAAUGAAAAUGUUUCUUGCCAUAUACCAUAGUAACAUUGAUGGUAUGUCCAUUUUAGUGCUACAUGUUAAGUCUAUUCUUCCUCAAGCUCUCCUUUAGGAAUGAAAAAAAGCCUGUGUGAAUUCACCAGAAUGAAAUGUGCCUGUGUGAAUUCACCAGAAAUUUUCAAAUUUUGCCCGAAUGUUAUGCGCCAUCGAAUAUAAUGCACAUUCAAAUUUUGGAAACUUUAUUUUCCAACUUUAUUUUAUCGAGUAAAUACAGUAAAUCAUUCUUUCCCUAUAGGAUUAAUGAAUGUAUUUUUCCUUGUUACAGACUGAAGCCCAUGUACAUCAGUGCUACUCUAAUCUGGAUUCUCAUUGGAUUGUCAUUGGUUGGCUUGAUGGAGCAUUUCAUAUUUAUGUGUUUUGGUGUUCAUAUUAAAGAAGGUCUGGGAUGGAAGUUUUUUUGAUAUUUAAAAAGUUUUUAUAAUUAUUUGCAUUUUAUCAGAUUGUAAGCCUCAGCAGGCAGGGUUUCCACAACAACAGUUUUACUGUGUCACAAAUAUGUAUACCCCUGUACAGCACUGCAGACAUUGUUAGGAUUGUUAAAAUAAUAGAAUAUUUGUGAUAAUGUGUCAUGGAUCGACCUUGUGCCAAACACAGAAACAUUGUUCAUAGUAAAUAUAAAAAUAUUUUUAUACUUUUAUAUGUAUCCUUGGAGAGAACAUAUCUCUGCUGGUAUAAUCAAACCCUGAAGCACUCUGUCUUAUAUCUAUCUGGAGUUCCCUGUGCCGCCCUGCCAUUUAAUGUUUUAACAAGAGUUAACAUAGAAACAUAGAAUGUGACGGCAAAUAAGAACCAUUCGGCCCAUCUAGUCUGCCCAAUUUUCUAAAUACCUCAUAUUAUAGUUAGGAUAGCCUUAUGCCUAUCCCACGCAUGCUUAAACUCAUUUACUGUGUUAACCUCUACCACUUCAGCUGGAAGGCUAUUCCAUGCAUCCACUACCCUCUCAAUAAAGUAAUACUUCCUAUUCAUUUUUAAGCCUUUGUCCCUCUAAUUUAAGACUAUGUCCUCUUGUUGUGGUAGUUUUUCUUCUUUUAAACAUAAUCUCCUCCUUUACUGUGUUGAU